CUCCAAGUCAAUGAAUCCACCCACCCCCUUGCAUUCUCAUUGUCUCCAAGUGGAGAGACCUAUACUAUCUUUAAUCUGUCAGCGUGUUUUUCCCCAAAUGUCUUGAUGUUGUCCCAGUCAUCCUCACCUCAACCUCGGGGCACUCGUCGCUCGAGCGUUGGAGCAAAAGCCCGAGUUUGCGACCAUUGCGGACGCACUUUCAGAAGAACUGAACAUCUGGAACGGCACGUGCGCACUCGUAAGUUAAAAAAAUCCUGGCCUCGUCCAAAUUAAAAAAAAAAAUUUAGUAAUUCUUCGGUCGGACGCUAUUCGCUUCGGAGAUCAAUCAUUGAGUAUUUCUGUACAGAUACAAAAGAAAAGCCAUAUGUUUGUUUCUGCGGGGCUGCCUUUACCCGACGAGAUCUUCUGAAGCGCCACACGCGCAUCACCCAUGAGAGCAAUGGUUUAAUAUCACCGACCUCACAGCCUCAGCCAGAAUCCUCUGGCCAGUCGCUUGCGCGGCGUACGUCAGAUCCUCCAGUAGCUCAGCAAUACAAUGUACCACCCGCACCGCGGCCGGACAUUCCCCUGGUCCCACCUCCUAUGGAACAAUGGACUGGCCCACAGCAUGGACCGUACCUAGAACAUAAUCAGAGCCUACUUAAUGCAGGUGGUAGUAGUGCAGGCUUAAGCCCGCAUCCUGCUGUGACCCAUGACGCGGACAUUCUACAGGCUGCCCAACUUCUACUUCCCGGCAGCUUUCGGGACACUCAGCCUCCUCCCCAACCGAUACAAUAUCUCCCGGAGGAGCUCAAUCACUUCCAAGAGUUUACGCACUUCCUAGACUCCAUCGGAUUGCCAUCCGAAUGGGUUCCCACCCUGAGAGAAGUUCCUCAGGUUCAGAGUACAGUCCCUGCCGACAUUCCGGACACUGUCAGGAAUACCAGAGAGCAGCAACCAGGUACUUCUCGUCGGGGUCAGGCGGAGCGCACACGCGCUGAUUCUCCCUUCCGAUCUUGGUUGCCCUCUGUGCCCCCUGGGGACCAGAGCUUGGGGACGGUCUCAGACUAUGAACCUCCUCAAAAUUCCAUGAAGGUCAACCCGUCGAGGGUCACUGAAGACCAACGAUUACGUCUUGCAGCUUCUUUGGAAGAGUAUCGCCACCUGAUUCCGGACUUCGUCCUCCCUUCGCGGCACACGUUGACAAGGUAUUUAACGUCUUUCUUUGAUGGAUUCCAUCCCCAUCUACCAUAUCUACAUCUCCCAACGCUGCGAAUCAAUGAGCGCGCCCCAGAGCUUGUUUUAGCGUUGAUGACAAUAGGCGCUCAAUAUCGAUUUGAGCAUCGAAAUGCAGAACGGCUUUUCUAUGCUUCCAAAGCGAUUGUGCUACAUAAGCUUUCAAAGGAAACGCACACACCACUGGCCGCAUACAAUGGUAUCAUCCAAAUACCGCUAAACGACAUUCGUGAACUAUCGCAACAGUCAGGCCAGGCUACAGCAUUACCUUCUUCGGAAGAUGCUUUAGGAAUGAGUGCAUGGAGGCAAAUUGAAACCAUACGCACCCUGCUUACUUUAAUGGGAUACUCCACGUGGGAGAAGCAAGAACUGGUUCAAGAAGCUUAUGGUUUACAAGGCCUCCUUGUGCGAUGCUUGCGCGAGUUCGGCAUGACAGAAAACAUUACGGUUACCCCACGACAAUCACCCAUGCAGUGGCAUGAGUGGGCAGAAGAAGAGUCGAUCCGGCGUACCAGAUUUAUCUCUUUCUGUUUCGUUCAUAUCCAUAGUAUAGCAUACAACAUCUAUCCGGUCCUUCGCAGCAGUGAGGUUUAUUUGCGCUUACCCUGUUCCACGAAGGAGUGGAAAGCAACAACCGCCCAGGAAUGGGAGCUCGCUCAGAAAGAGGCUGGUCGCCAACAGCUGUUCUUCCAGGAUGCCCUAGCCCUUCUUCUACAACCGUCGCGGGCGACAGUCUUACUAGAUCCGAUCCCGGCGCCACUGGGAAACUAUAUUCUCCUUCAUGGUCUUCUUCAACGCAUCCACCUUGUGAGUGAACUUUCCCUGCCAACCGGAGAUCAAACAUUUUCGCUACCGACAGAGGAACUGAAUAAACUGGAGAGAGCUCUCCGGUCCUGGACUUCCGUUUGGCAGCAGGCCCCAGAAUCGAGCCUUGAUCCUCAUAAUGAGAACGGACCCAUUCCUUUUACUUCGAGCUCACUUCUGGGAUUGGCUUACGUUCGUCUCUCCCUAAACCUAGGACCUUACCGUCAGCUCGACACAAGGGACCCGUACCGUAUAGCCUCUGCAUUGCACAGAUCACCGCGACCCGGUAGAAGCUAUCGGUUGACGCCCGCUCUCAUCUACUCAGCACAUGCGCUGAGUAUUCCUGUGCGGCUGGGCAUUGACCACGUUGCACGCAGUCAAGCGUUCUUUUGGAGUGUCCGCCAUUCGAUUGCCAGCCUGGAAUGUGCUGUUCUCCUUAGCAAAUGGCUUAUUUUUUUAGCUCAAGCUGGAGGUGAUCAGAGUCUGAGUGAUAAUGAAAGUCGAAUAUUAAACUGGACCCGUUGUAUUGUCGAGGAAGCAUAUUCUUCAAUGGACUUGGAAGAAGGGGAAAGUGUCCCUACCCUGGACCCUAUCGGCCUUGGGCUUGCAGUCAUUAAACUUUGGUCUCGCCUGUUCCGAAAGAACACCCAGUGGCCAUUCAUCAAUGUCCUCGGAGAUAGUUUAGAGAAGUAUUUGGCCCUGAUUCAGCAAGGCUAAAGAUCCGUAUACGCCGUGAUUUCCAUGGUAUAAGCCGCCGCUUAUAUCAGAAUACAAUACCAUGCAGCUGGUUCAAAUAUGACAGAAACAACUAUGCGCUACCGUUUACUUUGUUUCCAUCAUAGGUCCAUCAGUUCCUUCUCAGGGUCUGCUGCGUAUAGACCAAGUCAGCCUACUCGGCCGUGCCUCCCUUGUUCGAUACUCAGGCCAUAUCGUGGUCAAAUGAAGGACCGAGACGAUUCCACCCUUGCAUCCGGGUAGUUGAAGGCUCCCGUCCCAUCAAGAGCGCAGCUUUGUGCACCAUUAUAAACCAUCGGCAGUCGGUGAAUACAACGCAUCAAACACUGAGGUUUUUGUCCAGGAUAUAGAGAAGACGCACAUUGUCAUGAACCUCGAUCCAGCUCAGCGGAAGAAAUGCUCUCCAUCGUUGAAAGCUAUCGGAAUGCUUCAUAACCUAUUUAGGCGGGGCUCGCCUUCCGGUUAGCCUUUUCCAGGAGCGCAUACAAACAUUUCUCGUCAUACAUCCUUAUAUCAAGUAUAUAGCCAUGUACAUUACAUAACACCGUGCGGCUUGCCAAGUUUUCAGUCAUACUACAACGGUGAGCGCUGGUACAGUCGGUGAAUAAUAGAAACAUAUAAGUGGAAA